AUGUUGCACACUUCGCCAUUCAUUCUUCACAAGGCCUUGGAUUUCUCUUGCAUUUUGCUGUACAGUUUACUUCCAAAUCUACCUAAAUAGUUUUUUAGACGCACUUAUUACCAGUUGGUUCAAUGGCGUGCACAAAGUCUCGACCGGGACGCCUUCCAUUCGUCCUAGAAGAAAACGAUUGUGAAAUGGACAGGUCUUCUGCCGACGCAAAGAGCGGUUAUAGUCCUUCUCGGCUCACUGUACCAGUAUCGCCCGAAUUCACGGACGAGUGUUGGGAUCUUGGCUUUUCAAGUCCUUUUAGAGAUUACAUGUCGGAUGAAUCACCAGAAAAAGCCAAGAUGAGUGGUUGUACCACUCCGCCUCUGUCGCCUCCCUCUCUGGGAGCGCUUCGAUUGUUCGACUCCCCGCAGACGCCUAAAAGUUUGCUUGAACGUUCGUCUAUGAAUCGCACGAUGGAUUUUAAAAGGCCUGUAUCGAGACUGCGCCAUGGCUUACUGAAAGGUCGUGGAUUUGAAAGUGAACCCCGAAUGGGACCGCGAUCUCGCCAGGUAACUGCAAAUGUAAACCCGUUUACUCCAGACACCUCGGCCAUUGGUGCGAAGCGAGCAAGAAAUGGAGAAGGAAGAAAUGGUUCAAUUUGUAAUGAUAACGACGAUGAAGAUGUGGACGACGAUGAUGAUGGAAUAUUUGGAAAUCCAGCAAAGAGGCUUGCACUCCAUGAGAGUAACAUUUCACGUUACAAUGCAGAAUUUAUUGAAAUAAGCACCAUAGGUUCUGGCCAGUUUGGCUCUGUACAUAAAUGUCUAAACAGAUUAGAUGGAUGCAUCUAUGCAUUAAAGCGGUCGCUGAAACCAGUAGCUGGUUCUAUUGAUGAGCAAAAUGCAACGCGUGAGGUGUAUGCCCAUGCUGUCCUAGGAAAGAAUCCUCACGUCGUACGAUAUUACUCUGCAUGGGCAGAAGACGGACACAUGUUGAUACAAAAUGAGUACUGUGAAGGAGGAAGUCUGGCUGACUUGAUUGAAAGAAAUGCAAAACAAAAUGAAACUAUGGCAGAAGGAGAAUUAAAACAGCUUCUUAUUCAAACAGCUGAGGGUUUAAAGUAUAUCCACUCAUUGGCUUUGAUUCAUAUGGAUAUCAAACCUGGGAAUAUAUUUAUUAGUUACAGCUCAGGUAUUGAUGAAUGCAAUCACAGUGGUGAUGAAGGAUUUGAUGAAAAUGACACCCCAGGCCCAAGGAAAAGAACACCACUUUACAAAAUAGGUGACUUGGGUCAUGUUACUUCAGUGAGUAGUCCACAAGUGGAGGAAGGUGACUGUAGAUUUUUGCCCAAUGAAAUACUACAAGAAGAUUAUUCAGCAUUACCUAAAGCUGACAUUUUUGCUUUAGCACUGACGGUGUUUCUAGCUGGUGGAGGGCCAGAACUUCCAAAGAAUGGUGAAGAAUGGCAUGAAAUCAGGAGAGGCCAACUAGAAAAUCUGAAGCAUAUCUCAAAAGAAAUGAACUCACUAUUAAAGCUAAUGAUUAACCCUUUGGCUAAAGACCGACCAUCUGCCACAGCCCUGACACAACACCCAGUUCUUUGUCCUCUUGCAGCAAAAUCCAAGGCCCAACUCAGGAAGGAACUGAAUGCUGAAAAAUUUAAAAAUGAAGUCCUAUCAAGGGAGCUGGAGGAGGCAAGAGUACAACAAAAGAACUCUCCACAGCGUAAAAUAGGACUUGGGUCUCAAACCCGCAACUCUAGAGUUAUAGGACAGAAAGUUAACAGAAGCAUGAGUUUAAGUGUCAUUAUGUGAAUGUUAAUUGUUGUAAAUAAUGUUUUUACUUGUCAUCUCAGAAAUGUUUUACUAUUUUUACAGGAUCUUUUAACAGGAUACCUUGAAAUGUGGGCUAUGUUGAAUCGUUGAUUUUCUAUAUUUUUACAUAAUUUUGUACAGGGGUUUUACUGAAUCAAAUAAUUUGAAAUUGAAACAAAAUU